CAUCUCUCAUCUUCACCUCCGCUGCUUCGCAUCACCUGCCGCAGCAGCACCCAGACCCAACAUGCCUCCACCACAGAUCAAGCAGGACCUGAACCGGUCGGGCUGGGAGACCACCGACUUCCCCUCCGUAUGCGAGAACUGCCUCCCCGACAACCCGUACGUGCAGAUGCUCAAGGAGGACCACGGCGCGGAAUGCAAGAUUUGCACUCGUCCGUUCACCAUAUUCCGCUGGAAAGCCGACCGCACGGCGCGCCAAAAGCGCACGGCGAUCUGCCUGACCUGCGCGCGGCUGAAGAACUGCUGCCAGUGCUGCAUGCUGGAUCUGUCGUUCGGGCUGCCGAUCGUCGUCCGUGACGCCGCGCUGAAGAUGGUCGCCCCGGGCCCCGAAAGCACCAUCAACCGCGAAUACUACGCCCAGGGCCACGAGAAGGAGAUCGAGGAAGGCCGCGGCGCGGUCGAGGAAUACGAGAAGACCGACGAGAAGGCCCGCGAGCUGCUGCGGAGACUCGCCAACAGCGAGCCGUACUACCGGCGGCCGCGCCAGAUCGAGGCGUCGUCUCGAGAGGAAGGAGCGGAGCCGUCCGGGUCCAGCGACGCGCCCGUUGUACACAGCCGGUAUGGAAAUGGGCCGGGCCCGAUCCGCACAAGCGAAAGCCGCAGGGGAACGGCGCUGCCUGGCAGAGGGAGAGGAGGUGGCAUGCGUGGUGGCCGGGGCGGUCGUCCGUUCCCCAGCGCCGCGCAGGUGCCCCCGUCGGCGGAGGAUAUCCUCCCUCCUGCGGAUCCCAACGUCACGUCACUCUUUGUCACGGGUGUCGAGGACGACCUGCCUGAACACACGCUCCGGACCUUCUUCACACAGUUCGGCCAGUUGCGGUCGCUGAUCUGCUCGCACCGCGCCCACUCCGCCUUCAUUAACUACGCCACCCGCGAAGGUGCGGAAGCCGCUGCACAGCACUGCCAGGGCCGGGCCGUCAUCCAGGGCUGCCCUCUGCGUGUCCGGUGGGGGAAGCCCAAGUCGCUGGACAACCUGGACCGCGACGAGCGGGUGAGGAAUGCGCGGGAAGGGCGACAGGCCGCGGGCCCGCGUCACAGCGACUCCGGGAAGCGAGCCAUCGUGGCCCCCGACCAGAGCGGCAAGGAGCAAAGACCACGCAACUACGCCGUGGCGCCGCCCCCGGGAUCCGGCGAGAUCCAGUACUCCAGCUUGACCGGAGACUAGAUCGGAUCGGUCGCUUGUCGAGGUGACGGUGUAUUUUGCUUGCUUGCUUGCUUGCUUGCUUGGUGUGUUGCACGGGAUUCGGAAACCAGGACAGGAGGCCUUCACUUCAUGAUGUUCGCGAGCGGGCGUUGAUGUACUGUAUAUUUAUUGUUUUGUCUACAUUGUUGUUUUGAUCUGAUCAAACGAUAAAAAAUACCCCCACCCCACACCCUAAAGAAAGACGCCGGAAGGAGAGAGAAAAGUUCGGGUAUACUAUAAUACAAUCCAGUCUGCAGUUGUGCU